CAGUGUCGUGGCCGGGGCCGAGCCGGCUACAGGGUGUCGGGCCGGGGCCGAGCCGGCUGCAGGGUGUCGGGCUGGGUCCCAUCCGCGCCGGCUCUGCCCUGCCCGGGUAGGAAGCGCCGCGGGCCCGGCCGUGCUGCGCCUGAGGAGACAGCGCGGAGGGCAGGAAGCUGGAGCUGGGAAGAGACAGGAGAGGAGCCAGGAGUCAUUCUGCUGCUGGCUCUUGGCGCAGACUGAGCGAAGUAAUGCCUUAUCUGGUUUGAAGAUCUAAGAGAGCUUUCUAUUUGUGUAAGGCAUAAAGGAAAAUGGAAGAAGAUGGGACUUUACAAGGGGAAACAGAGAGGGCAAAAGUCGAACCAUGUGCUACUCCUGGCCUGGGUCAGCAGAUAUCAGUCAGUGAGUUCCUGUGCCACUGCUGCUAUGAUAUUCUGAUCAAUCCUACCACCCUGAACUGUGGGCACAGCUUCUGUAGGCAUUGCUUGGCCUUGUGGUGGGUAUCAUCCAAGAAGAAUGAAUGCCCUGAAUGCAGAGAAAAAUGGGAAGGAUUCCCCAAAGUCAACAUCCUUCUCAGGGAUGUUAUUGAAAAGCUAUUUUCUGAUGCCAUUGAACAAAGAAAAGAAGAUAUUCAACAAAACAGUGAUGUAGCACAGAGCUUAGCAACUUUCCAAAAAUAUGGGAAUGACCAGAUGCCUACAGUUCGGAGCACAGGAAGAAUUAAUGCUCGAGGAGGGUUUUUCUCAGGCGUUCUCACAGCUUUAACUUGUGUAGCAGUAGUUCUUCUUGGCUAUCACUGGAGUAGCAGAGAAUUUGAAGAUGAUCUUCUUGUCCACAAGCCUGUUGCUAAGUGGACUGCUGAGGAAGUGAUACUCUGGCUGGAGCAGCUGGGUCCAUGGGCUUCACAUUACAAAGAAAGAUUUUUACUGGAGAAAGUAAAUGGAAGACUCCUCCUAGCACUGACUGAGGAGGAUUUCACCAAAGAGCCUUACAGUAUAGAGAACAGUAACCAUAGGAGAGCUAUUAUGGCAGAACUGGAAUGUGUGAAAACUUUAGGUGUUAAACCACCACAAAACCUUUGGGAAUAUAAGGCCGUAAACCCAGGAAAAUCACUCUUCCUUCUGUAUGCACUGAAGAGUUCUCCAAGACUCAGUAUGUUAUACCUGUAUUUGUUUGAUUAUGCAGAAGCUUUCCUACCUUUCAUCCACACAAUUUGUCCUAUGCAAGAAGACAAGUAUGAAGAUACUGUCACAAAACUGCUUGACCUUAAAGAUCCUUCUUGGAGGCAAUGGAGAGAAUUCAGUGUAAAGUAUUUAUUUUUGCCAUACCAGCUGAUAGCUGAAUUUGCUUGGGAUUGGCUAGAUGUGCACUACUGGACAUCAAGAUUUAUAAUUGUAAAUGCCAUGUUGCUCUCUGUUCUGGAAUUAUUCUCCUUUUGGAGGCUCUGGUCAAGAAGAGAAUUGAAGACUAUUCCUCACAGAAUGUGGAGACAUUUCUGGAAAGUCUCAACCCAGGGACUUUUUGUUGCCAUUUUUUGGCCUUUUAUUCCUCAGUUUGUCUGCAAUUGUUUGUUUUACUGGGCCUUGUAUUUUAACCCAGUUAUAAACAUUGAUCUUGUGGUUACAGAGAUAAGGCGUCUGGAGACACAAGUGCAGUGAUUGGCAUUGGAACUCUUGAGCUGCUUAGCUUCUAAAAAUGGAAAUUUUGAGUAAACUUUGCUUUUCUUCUUUAUGUAUGUGGCAGUGAAAAUGGUGGACUAUGUUAAUUUAAACACGCAAAAAAGCUUUAAGGUAAGUUAUUAAGCUGAUUCCAAGUUGGAGGAUGAAGGAAAAAGGAAUUUUCUAUUGAUAAAAAGAAGUACAUUCCUGUAUAGCCAUGUAAAACUCUUACAGUCAUCUCACUCUAUUUGUAUCAGAUCCAUUUCUUUAUUCUGUCCUGAGCAUUCUGUGUAUUUUCAAGCCUGCCUUAAAAUCAGUGUCUUCUGCACUGCUACAGUGAUCUCUUUCUUUUUCUUUUUAAACUUAGUAUUUCAUACCAGCAAUGUGUUCCUCAAAUUCAGUUUGCCAAAGGAAUGCCCUGCCGGCUUGAUGUUGAAAGAACUUUAUUUAUUUCAGUCUUCCUUACAUGCAGCAUUAUGACUGCCCUAUACAUACGCAGUCUCACAGUAGAGUUUGUUCCAGAAUUCCUGCAGUUGAAGGCAAAGACUACUUGAAUUCUCUUGUGUCUUGGAAAAUCUGGUAAUUACCAUGGAAAUUUUUUUAUUCAGAUCAGUUAGACUUCAUCAAUAGCUCCUUUCAUUCUCUCAUCUUCUAGUUCUGUUGCUAAUUCUUAAAUGCAGGGUUAUCUCUUAAAAAGGAUUGUUUUGGAAAAGUGACCUGACACUGUAAUUACUCAUGGCAAUAUAAUGUCUUUAUCUAUAUCUGUGAGCAAAUAUUGACUGGAAAAUUAUUUUGGGUAAGCAGGAUUGACACUUGUUAAUGUAUAUUCCUUUGAAUCAAAAGGUAAGAUUUUUUUUUGAGAACUUUGUCCCCUUGCAUUCUGUAUUUGUUGUUUUGUUAAUUUCAUUUGUGUCAGUAAUGUGAACUAAAUUUGCUAUAAAUAUUUUUCACAAUUAAAGAUCUCUCUUGAAAUCU